AUGAAUGAGCUCUCCCCGGGGGUGUCGAGAAAACUGUUUUGGAAUUCGGACAAAUUAUUUUAUGAUAAUAUAAGGAACCUAGAUGAGAGACUAAACGUGAAUAACAAUUUUAACGAGAACAAAUAUGAGGAGCUGUAUCGUGAGAAGUACGCAAGGAAUAAAAGGAGGUUUAAGACCGAGCCACCUAAAAAUAUCAGUGAGCAAGCAAGUUCCCAAUUUUACCCUUCUUUUUUUAACAGCAUAUUUAAAAGUUUAUCGAGGAAUGUGAUUUACAGUGGUGAGGAUAAAGAGAGUGAGGAAGACGCGAAGGAAAAAAAGAAGUCUUCUUCUAGACAUUCAAACAAGGCAAGGCAUGUUAAGGUUCCCUAUUUGGCAAAAGGGGAGAGCCGAUGUGGUAGCGGGCGGAGUAGAAACAAUCUCCCUUAUCGAAAAGACGAUUUGGAUGGAAGUAUUUUGGUUAAGAAUACUGAGGGGGGUAUAUCGGGGGAGGGCGCUGGAGGGGGGCGCAGGAGGUACACAUAUGGGAGCAGGAGAGGCGACACUAGCUCGGAGGAGGAAUCACAAACGGAUGGAGAUUCAGGAGAGGUGAGAAGCACCGAAACGAGUAGUGGUGAAUAUGGAAGGGGUGAAAAUCGAAGCGGUGAAUACCGCAGUGGGGGGGUGCCAAGGGAAGGUGUCAAGCGCUUAGAACAAAAUCGAAUGGCGCAGAAAACUGUCAACAGGGAAAAACGUGUAAACAGCGACAUCAUUUCGGAUGUCUUCAUGAAGAAGAACGUGAAAAGCCUAGUGGUUCAUGACACGGGAGGAAUAGAUAUCGAACUUAUUGAAAAUGAAAACCCAGAGUUCCUGUACCAUACAUACACUGGGAACAGAAUAUCAAACAUGUAUUAUGCGUAUGAUGAUUCUAUAAGGAGCAAAGAAUUUUGUGAUGAUAAAAAGAUAAAUAGAUUUAAUUCAUCCUUUUCUCGAAAGGAAAACGCAACUGUGAGGGAAUCCACAUCGGGAGAAGGUUGUCUCGCAGGUGAAUUAAUACCAGGUGAGGUUAACGCAAGGGGUUCAUCAGUAAAGGAAUCUUCUGCGUACCAUGACAGAAGAGAAAACAAACAAAGCAUAUCACAUUAUAAAACUGAGUUUUCCACUGAGAGUAACAAUAGUAAGCGCUGUGAUGAGCAUAGCUAUAUUAGGAAAAAGGAGAUGGAAGAAAAAGUAUCCAACUGGUCUAACGAGGUGUAUAAUUAUGACAGUUGCAACACGUAUGAAGGAAAUAGAAAUAAGAGAACUUCGAACUGGUCGGGGGAAAGGAACAAGAUGUUCGAUUCUUACUCUUCUGUGUCGAGCAUAUCUGUAAACACAUCGGAGAAGGAAAAGGGGAAAAAGUAUCACUACAUUGGUGAAACUAUAAAUAACGUGAGAAAUGGAUGGGGUAUGCUAAUCUAUAAUGAUCGAGUUAUAUUUGAAGGGGAGUACAAAAUGAACAAUGCCAUUGGAUAUUUUAUUAAAUACAAUGAAUACUCUACAGAGAUUGGUUUCAGGAGUCCCUUAAGCAUCAAGUCAGUUAUAAUCAUGAGCGACAGUGAUAAUUUCAUUGUACAAAAUAAAUGUGAAAAUCUAGAAUCUGGGAGGAGUGACGAAAUGGGAGUUAGCCAAAAUGGUACUCCAAAAUUGAAAAAUAACGACAGCAUAGAGCUAGAUAUUAAAGGAAAAGAGGAGGGAUGUAAUUUACGUGAGGGAAACGUAGGAGGGCUCUGUGAAAAUAAAAGUUAUAUGGAGAAGGAACAAUUAAACCUGUACUGUCCGCAGAAAUUUCCAACAAUAAGUAACUACACACGUUUAUCUGAUUUUAGGAGAACCCCUGGGGUCUUUACCACUCCAAACAGUAGUAAAUUGCAUAAAGAAAAUGUAAUCAUGAAUAAUUUGCUGAAAAGUAUAAAGGAGAAUGAGUGCUCUCCCCAAAAAAAGGAACAAGUAGAGAAAUCGAAAAAUCUAACGGUCGUGUCUAGCUACAUUAGAAGGAACAGUAAACAUAAGACAACCCCUGCGCGUUCCAUCAAUUAUCUGAAGCCACCCAUGAUGCAUUUGAUAAAAAAUAAUUUUAUUCUAAAUAGCAACUCAUUUUUAAAGAACGAUAAGUCUACAUCGUCAAGAAAAAGGAAGGAACAAAAAACCACCAUGCAUUGUUCUAGCCCAAUGAAUAUCAUCGUCACAUCAUUCGAUACGGAUGAUGAGUCGGGCUCCUCUGGAAAUGAACGACAUGGGGAGAGUAAACCAAAUGCAGAGAAGGAAAAGGAGGAAACCCCCUUAGUGGAAAACACGACUACGCGGAAUUAUGCGCAGCCAGUCACUGUGUUCUCGGAGCGCUGUUCGGAAGCGAAGCACCAGAAGCAGUUUGACUGUGGUAAUCGGGAGAGCAAUGGACUCACAAUUUUGAACCUAGAGAACAACAAUAAUUUUAAGGGAAUCCAUUCGCAGAACGAAGAUGAUGAGGCGACUCAAUUCCCGAGCGAUGACGGGAAGGGGGAGGGGGGCACUGCUAUUGAAGGUAGCGUGGGCGUAUACCGGGAGGGUAGGAAUAAGGGUACCAAUAAACGCAGCAAUGAAGACGCGAAUGGGGAUACGAAUAAGGAUACGAAUGAGGAUACGAAUAAGUAUAUUAGCGAGAAGGCGUACAAGGAUGUGGACAGAGCUGAUGUUGCCAUAAAGGGGGAGGAGACCGAGCGGCGCGCGCACUUCAGGGCGGACUCUUCAGACGAGGAGGACGCGGAGGCGGUUCCAUUUGCAGAGGCAGAGGGUAAUGAACAGAACAAGCUAAACAUUGUUAUCACCGACGAGUACAGAAAUUUGUUGUGCGAUAAUAUCAACAACGACAAUUUUGUAAUAAAGAACAAUGAAAUUAGAACAUUUGAGGAGUUCAUGGAAAAGCAGGAGGAAUACAAAGGUGGGGUUAAUAAGGAUCAGUGGCGAGAGGCCAUGCGGGAUCCAGGUGGGAGUGAUGUGUCAAGUCUGAGAACAACCUUCGAGGGCGACCCCCCCAAAUGUAACACAGGGGAAAAGGAACAGGAUGAGAAGAAGGAGCAGGAUGAGAAAAGGGAGCAGGAUGAGAAAAGGGAGCAGGAUGAAAAGAAGGAAGAGGAUGAGAAGAAGGAAGAGGAUGAGAAGAAGGAUGAGGAAGGAAGAAUGGAACAAGCACAUUUUGGACACCCCGAUAAGGCAUAUAUAAGAAGGCGUCUGCGAGGAGCUACUUUCCCCGAAACGCACGACGAUCGACAGAAGAAUUGUUUCCUUUUCAUAGACGAUUACUUAACCUCAAAUGAUGACAAGUUCAAUUUAAUCAAUCAGGAUGUGAAAUUGAGAGCAUCUGAUUAUAACAAAUGGUCGGUAAAUAUGUUAUACAAUUUUUUAAAAAUGAUAGGGUUAAAGAAGGAAGCAUAUCUGUUUAAAAUUCACAAGAUAAGGGGAUAUCACAUUCUGAAGCUGACAGACAAGGAAUUGAAAAGGCUGAACAUAAAUAAUCCUUAUGUUAGAAAAUUCGUUUUGUCUGUUUUUCGAUUUUUAGUAAAUUCUAUGGAUAGUGCGGAUCCUUUGUCUUUAAAUUUUAAUACAAACAUAAAAUUUUCAUUUAAUGAAAUACAGACCAUAUGCAACAGUGAUAUUAUUAUACUUAACAAGGUUGGUGGUGGUAGUUAUGCGCAGGUUUUUAGGGCAAGAUAUAGAGGAAAGUACGUGGCAUGUAAAUUGUUCUUGUACAAUCCUAAGGACAUGAGUGAAGAGAGUUACUGUGAGAGUUAUAUAUCAACCCCGAGAUCGAGUCACAAAUAUAUUUUCCCGAAAAUAACCCCCAGUUUAAGCACUUUCGGUGAGCAACCUUUUAGCGAGAAAACACUAUUGCCAUCGACAGCGGGGGAAACGGACACGGGGGAUGCAGUAAAUAAUUCCGGUGGUAAUCACCUAGAGGGUAUGCAGUCUGCGCAGGGGGCUCGGUGUGAUAGUGGAGCAGGAUCAACAGAAGGGGAAGACUCCCCGAAGGAACAGUGCCCCUAUGAACCCGUCAAGCAGAAGAGCAACGAAGGAGAAACCCCCAAUGUUAGUAGCACAUCGUACACACUACAGAGAAAUAAGAAAAUAAAAAAAAUGGCGAAUCUGGAAAUUUUCAGAUAUUUCCCCACCCCAGUGAAGUACCGGAAUUACGAAGCGAAAAUUUUGUAUUCUCUACAAGGAUGCAAUCAUGUGAUAAAAUUGCUUGGUGUGUGUAGUCUAAGAGAGGGAGAAGAGUCUCUCAUCUUACAGUACUGUGCAGGGGGUAGUCUGGAGAAGUACAUAUACAUGGACGAGAAGAAGAAGAAUUGUGGAUAUCUGCGUUAUUUGUCAAGGCCACAAAUUGUAAAAAUAUUUCAACAAGUAGCAGAAGGAAUGCACAACGUACACUCAAAACAUUUUUUCCACAGAGACUUAAAAUUGUCAAACAUUUUACUCGAUGCUAACCACGAUGCCGUCAUUUCCGACUUUGGAUUAUCGACGCAUUUUUCUUUAAAUGAUAGUCCCACUGCGUAUGCCAUGUAUGGAAACAUAUUUUAUGCGGCCCCGGAGGUUCUAAAAGGAGAGGGUUUUUUUAAAGAAUCAGAUGUGUGGUCUUUUGGAGUUAGCUUAUGGGAGGCCUUGACAAAAAAAAUUGCAUACGAUGGGAUGUCUGCUUCAGAGAGUUUCUGUAAAAUUUCAUCUGGGGAGUUGGUCCUUCCCAUUCCCAAAGACCUUCCUUUGGAUCUGUCUGAAUUAUUGAAGAGCAUGUUGGAGUUCGACUUCACCAAGCGACCCCUUUUCGACGUCAUAGCGAGGAGGUUGGAGACCAUUCGGCUGGAGGCCGAGCAGAAGCUCCACGUGGACAUACACUCCUUCUUCGAUGGGUAG